AUGGACAAAACAAGGUCGCCAGAUAUCGAAGCUGCGCCUGCAGAGUCGUUGCAUGGAGUGGAAGAUGGCAAGUCGACUGGUAGCAUGUUUGCGCAUUUCGAGGAGGUGAAGCAUGUCAAGCAGGGACUGCAUCAGAGGCACAUUCAGAUGAUCGCUCUAGCGGGGACGAUUGGAACUGGACUGUUUCUGGGCUCUGGUCGUGCAGUUGCGAAUGCUGGUCCUCUUGGUGCAUGGCUUGGGUACUCGAUCAUCGGGAUCACGGUCUGCAGUGUCGUGAUCGCAGUUGCUGAGAUGGGAGCUCUGGUGCCGUUGUCCGGCUCUGUCGUCCGGUUUUCGGAGUUCUUUGUCGAUCCGGCUCUGGCGUUUGCGAAUGGGUGGAACAUGAUAUACUCAUAUAUCGUUUCCAUACCAUCGGAGAUCGUCGCAACCGCCGUGCUCGUCCAAUUCUGGGUCGAGGUCAACAAUGCAAUAUGGAUCACCGUGUUCGGCGCACUGAUCAUAUUCAGCUCAAGCUUGUUCGUCAGAGUGUACGGCGAGCUUGAGUUUGGCUUCGGGAUGUUGAAGAUUUUCCUCGUGGUCUUCAUCAACAUCUUGGCUCUCAUCAUCACCUGCGGAGGUGGACCCAGCGGCGAGACGAUCGGGUUCAGGUAUUGGCGCAAUCCUGGGCCUUUCGUUCAGUAUCUUGACGUCCCUGGGACGACAGGGCGAUUUAUUGGAUUUUGGUCCACGUUCAACAACGCUCUUUAUGCGUAUGGAGGAAUCCAUGCAAUUGCAAUCGCAGCUGCAGAAACCAAGAACCCAAGACAAGCCAUUCCGCAGGCGGCGAAGCGCAUCUUCUGGAGGGUCCUCAUCUUCUAUGUCAUCACGAUCUUCAUGGCGGGCUUGGUCGUACCAUCAAACGACCCAAAUCUGCUGCACUCCACGGGCACAGCAGCGCAGUCGCCAUUCGUCAUCGCGGCGAAUAAUGCUCGCAUCAAAGUGGUGCCGUCGAUCAUCAACGCGAUUGUGUUGACCUCCGCGUGGUCCUCCGGCAACAGCAACAUGCUGACUGGCAGUCGUGUGCUGUACGGCAUGGCAAAUGCAGAUCAGGCGCCCAAGAUGUUCCUGAAGAUCAGUCGGAUCGGCAUUCCAUACUACUGCGUGGGACUGCUUUCGAUCUUCAUCGCGCUCGGUUAUAUGUCUCUGCAAGACACGGCGUCCACUGUCUUCACCUGGCUGCAAGAUCUUGUGGCGAUUUCGACUCUCACUGAUUGGAUUAUCGUGCUCAUCACCUAUUUGCGGUUCUACUAUGGUUGCAAAUCGCAAGGCAUCGAUCGGAAGAAGGAAUUGCCUUGGUCAGCGCCGUUUCAACCAUGGUUUUCGUGGUUCUCCCUGGUCCUCUUUUUGUUGCUCUUGCUCACGAGCGGCUAUACUACUUUCAUGCACCAUCACUGGAAUACCGAGACAUUCGUCAGCAGUUACUUCAACAUUCCUUUUACCCUGGCACUGUACUUUGGUCAUAAGUUUUGGAAGAAGACCAAGAUCAUCCCGCUGCAAGACAUACCGAUCCGCGGGUUCAUCGAUGUUGCGAAUGCAAAUCCCGAGCCAAGGAGACCAAAGGCAACAGGAUUGAGGAGGCUCAAUGUACUCUGGUCGUAG